AUGGCCAAAAGUUCUGGAGAGACUAAGUUCACUUUGAAACUUGUCGUUGAUGAAGAGAGAAAAAAGGUUGUUUUCGCUGAGGCUUGUAGGGACUUUGUUGAUGUGCUCUUCAGUCUUCUGACACUGCCUAUGGGCACCAUUGUCAGAUUGCUUGAGAAUCAUCGUAAAUCUGAGCCUGUGCCUGUUGGUUGCUUUAGCAAUCUCUAUAAAAGUGUUGUGGAUAUGGGCACUGAUGAUUUUGAGACUGAAGCUUGUAAGCAGAUACUCCUUUAUCCGAGGAGUUUGAGAGAUGUCCAGUGCAAAAGGCUUAAGCUCAACUUACACCCUGCUGAGGGAUACAAGUGGUUCUCUUGCGGUUCUUACAACUGUGACAUGUGCAGUGGUUUUAGCACUUCUCGAUGUCGUUGUGGAAAGUUGAUGAACAAAGAGACCCCGAUGUCAGGAGCAAAAGUUGUAGACUACAACAUACAAGAUGGAGUAUUUGUUAGAGGCAGGUCUUCAUUCAUCAUAACUGACGACUUGAAAGUGGCAGUUCGGUCCACUGACCUUGUCUUGAGAAAGCUCAAAUCUGUAGGCUGUGGUGAUCUUCGUAAGGUUUCGGAAAGGAUUGUUGAGAUUGGUUUAGAUGAGGUCAUGACACUACUGGAAUGUAUCUUCUCCUCAAAUGCUUCCUUGACGGACACUUUCCUCAACAAGCAAAGCCCAAAAGGUGUGAUGAAGCCAUGCACUACGCCAAGUCCGUAUAUGGAAAAAGAAAUAGAAGCUAGACCAGAAGAAAUAACAACUUUCAGUGCCAUCGUGAGGAAACACGAUAUGAAGAUUUUAUAUGUUGAAUGCAAAGAAGACUUUGUUGAUCUUCUUUUCACUUUUCUUGCUGUUCCGCUGGAAUCUGUAGUGGAUAUCUCUGGUGAGAGCUCCACUCUUGUGUGCCUUGGAAACCUGUUCAAAGGCUUCAAGGAGUUGAGUGCUACAGAAGUUUCAAGAUCCAAAGCUGUGCUCCCACAUUACUAUAAAUGUCAGAAGCAGUUGCUCGAUAUCAUCACUGAGCGGCCUCAGCUCUUAUUUAGAGCCAGCGACGACGAACUUCUGGAUCUAAUUGAUCCAAAAUCUCAUGGACGUGACCAGUCAAAAAAAGGUAGCGGAUUCGUGAAGAGAGACGCAAGGUUUUGA